AUGGCCCUGGAGAGGGGAACAGCCCCAGAAGAAAGAUUCAGACCGAACCAACAUCCCCUUACGAGGGAACCCAUGAGAGCAGAGCUUCCCAAGGGUUUUAAACCCCCUACGUUUGAGGCUUAUGAUGGGAAGGGCGAUCCCAACGACCACAUCAAUUACUUCAAUGCCAUGAUGAUAGUCUAUGGUGGGUCUGAUGUAGUAUCCUGCCGAUCUUUCCCUACCUCUCUCAAGGGGCCCGUGGCAUUGUGGUUCGCCAAAUUGAAGCCUAACUCGAUUCGAAGCUUCACAGAGUUGGCCAAAGCCUUUGUCAACCGCUUCCAGAGCAGUGUAAAGCAGAAGAAGACCAUAACCAACUUGUUGGCUGUGAAGCAGUGCUCUGAUGAGUCCAUCAGAGAUUAUAUCACCCGCUUCAACAUGGAGAGCCGGGAGAUCAAGGACCUGGACGACGCAAUGGCCUUUAACGCCUUGCACAAUGGGGUCACCAACCAUGACCUGGUGAAAUCGCUCGCGCUGACCCAGUGA